CACAGCUUAUAUUAGUCAUCAUAUGAUAUCUUCUCCAUCUUGCCAAUGUCGAAUAUCUAUAAUUAAUGGCUUCGUUUACCAAACCGACCAAAACCCACCUCCCAAUCCGUCCUUCUCUUCCCGCUCUCGCGUCGCGUGUAACCAACGCGCUCUCUCCUCAAAUCUCGUAGGAAGAAUAACCAAAGGAAGAGCCAGCUGCUCAUAUUCAUUCGACCGGUCCUCUCGAGGACUCCGUUGUUUGUUUGUUUUUUUUGUUUUUUGUUUUUUGUUUUUUGUUUUUUUCAGAGAUGGGUUGCGUAUACUUGGGUUGGUUGUCGUUUGCUGUCCUGGUUGUCGUUUUCGAGAUGUUCGAAGUCAAUGUGGUGGGCGUGUGCAUAGCCCUGGAGAGUGGGUCGGAGAAGAAGUACGUGUCGGCGAUCGGAGACCCGGGAAUGAGGAGCUCCGAUGUGAGAGUUGGUUUGGAAGCUUGGAAUUUCUGCAAUGAAGUUGGAGUUGAAGCGCCCAACAUGGGAAGUCCUCGGUUGGCUGAUUGUGCUGAUCUGCAUUGCCCUUCUUUCCCCUCUGCAGUUCUUUUGGACAACACCAUUCAGAAGAAAAGAAGCAGAUGUAAUGUGCGUCAAAGAGUAAAAGAAUCAGACAAUGUCUUAGGAGCUGGUGAUGAGUUUCCUAUAUUGGAUUUCAAACCAUACACCGACCCUGACAUGUACGCCGUGGAAAAGGAGCUGUAUCUUGGUUCUCUGUGUGAGGAACCUGACUCCCAAGAUCCAUGGCAGUUUUGGAUGAUUAUGCUUAAAAAUGGGAACUUUGACAAGAACACUACACUUUGCCCCGAAAACGGUAAAAAAGUCGGCAAAAUUGUGACUGACAGAAAUUUUCCAUGCUUUGGAAAGGGGUGUAUGAAUCAGCCGCUUAUCUUUCAUAAUUACUCGAGAUUGCUUUCUUCUGGGGACCAAGCAGUUUCCUUGACUGGAGGAUUUUAUGGAACUUAUGAGCUAGAUGCCGACUUAAGCGAAGGUGUGAGGAAGAAUUCAUACUUCUCGGUCUCAUGGCAAAAGAACUUGAGCACAGGAAGUUGGAUUUUCUCGCACAAAUUGACGACGUCUCAAAAGUAUCCUUGGCUUAUGUUGUACCUGCGUUCAGAUGCAACUGAAGGAUUUAAUGGUGGUUACCAUUAUAGUGGUCGUGGCAUCAUGAAAAAGUUGCCAGUGUCUCCGAAUUUCAAAGUAAGAUUGACACUUGACGUCAAACGCGGAGGAGGGUCCAACAGUCAAUUCUAUCUACUUGACAUAGGAAGCUGUUGGAAGAACAAUGGAAAGCCUUGUGAUGGGGAUGUCAUCACGGAUGUGACCAGAUACAGUGAAAUGAUAAUAAACCCAGCAACCACAAGCUGGUGCCGGGCAGAUAACCUAGUCUCUUGCCCUCCUUACCAUGUGACUGUGAGUGGGGAGAUAAUAUACAGAAAUGAUACAUCUCGGUUUCCAUAUUCUGCUUUUCAUCUCUACUGCAGCCCUGGGAAUGCUGAGUUGUUGGGAAAACCAUAUGAUAUCUGUGACCCAUAUAGCAAUCCACAAGCCCAGGAACUGGUGCAGAUUCUUCCACACCCUGAAUGGGCUGUCCAUGGCUAUCCCGAGAAGAAAGGAGAUGGAUGGAUUGGAGAUUCCAGGACUUGGGAGCUUGACGUCGGAGGCCUUUCUAGUCGGUUGUAUUUCUACCAGGACCCAGGAACAGAACCGGCAAGGCGAGUAUGGACGUCAUUAAAUGUUGGAACAGAAAUCUAUGUCAGUAGCAGGGGAGAGACAGCAGAAUGGACCGUGAGUGAUUUUGAUGUACUUGUUCCUGAAGACAUUGAUGAUCAUCGAUCUUGCGUUGGUUAGUUCUUGUUUUUCCUAGACAUGAGUUCACGUUUCUCUUGGUGAAUUAAAUUAUUUCCUCGAAGUGUAAAUAAAAAUAAAUGAGAAGAGUGUGAAGAGUAAAAUAUCCCAGUAUCACAUCAUCUAAAUAAAAAUAGGGAGAAAGAGGAAAAUAGGCAAAGACUUGAGAUGAAUUAAAAUUA